AACCAACAUUUGAUUCAUAAUAGUAACUUUAAUUCUAAUAUCUUGUUUGUCAAGAAAAGUCAAAAACAAAGUAUAAUAUUCCUUUAUUUGCACAUCAUUUAUUGAAACUAUAGUCUUAAACUUAAUUAUCAAAAAUAUAUUUGACCGAUUGAAAUUUCAAUGGGGAAAGGAGGUGGUUGCAUACCAAGCAAGAAAAAAUCACCAAUUACCGAUCAAGAAGAGAAUGAACAACAACAACAACAGCCUCUUAGUGUUGAAAUUGAAACCCAAAUUCCAAAAAAAGAUGAUACAACAGCAACAAGUAGAAGCAUAGAUGUAGUAGUAUUACCAACAUCAACAUCAGAAGCAGUGAAAAAACUGAAACUUUACAUUGUUUUCUACUCAAUGUAUGGCCAUGUUGAAUCAUUAGCAAGAUCAUUGAAGAAAGGUGUUGAUUCUGUUGAUGGUGUUGAAGGUGUUUUGUACCGUGUUUUAGAGACACUUCCUAAGGAAGUGUUGGAACUGAUGAAGGCACCUGAAAAGGGUGAUGAUGAUGAGGUUCCAAUUAUAUCUGCUGAGAAUUUGGUUGAGGCUGAUGGUUUGUUGUUCGGGUUUCCGACGAGGUAUGGUAGCAUGGCAGGGCAGAUGAAGGCGUUUUUCGAUUCGACAGGUCAGUUGUGGAGGGAGCAGAAGCUUGCUGGUGUUCCUGCUGGUUUUUUUGUUAGUACUGGAACUCAGGGUGGUGGCCAAGAAACCACAGCUUGGACAGCAAUAACACAAUUAGUCCACCAUGGAAUGCUCUAUGUUCCUAUUGGUUACACUUUUGGUGCUGGAAUGUUUGAAAUGGAUUCAAUUAGAGGUGGAUCUCCAUAUGGUGCUGGAACCUUUGCUGGAGAUGGAUCAAGACAACCAAGUGAAGCUGAGCUUGCACUAGCAGAGUAUCAAGGUAGAUACAUGGCUUCAAUUGUCAAGAAGUUAGGCCACAAAAGCUAGUUUCUUCUCAAAGACCUUAAGAAUUUUAUUCAAUGCUAUGGUGAUACUCAAAUUCAAAUGUUGUGUUUAUUGUUGGUAUAAGAUUGGCAGGAUCAUGAUGAACCUUGUCUUUCUCAUCUAGAGAAAAAAAAAUGUACACAUUGUAAACUUCAUAUUUUUGUGAUUCUGUUCUCUUCAUAAUAAAUUUAUUACUAAGGUAUAUUUUAUGGAGAUUC